AGAACAUGAAGUUGGUGCAAUUAACAGAGCUUUUACUUUGCUUGGUAAUAUCUUGUGUCCAGCAGAAUCCACAAGAAGACAUUUGCAAAGGCCUCCCGGAUGGUCAGUUCGUUGGAGACCCUAGCGAUUGUAGUCGUUUCUAUAUGUGUGAUAAUGGAUUUGGAACGGGUGCAAACUGUCCAGCCGGAAUGUUGUUUGACACAUUGCAAAAUCGGUGCAAUUUUGAACAUGACGUUGAUUGCGGUGUAGCUACCGAGCCUGAAGAAACCACCACCGUUCCAACGACUGCUACUUCUGAAGAGAUAGAAACAACCACCAACGCUGCAAGUGAUGUUGACGAGUUCUGUAGAAGCACCGAUCCCAGCGUUCCCAGCUUCUAUCCUAGCAGUACAAACUGUGAAGAAUAUUAUAUUUGUGUGAACCAGAAACCAUUUCGACUGUCUUGUGCCAGGGGGCAACAUUGGAACCAGCAAAAACGAUAUUGUGAUGAUCCUGCCGCAGUUGACUGCCUGGUGGAUGUGCCACCUGUUGAAUUCGAAAAGUGUCCAACCAAGGGACAUGCAUUUUUUCCACAUCCAGAGAUCUGUGAAUUUUUCUUGUUCUGCGAUUCCGGAGAACUCUCCGUACAGAUGUGUCCGUUCUACUAUCAAUGGGACAGCAGUCAUGAAACUUGUGUUCUGAAGCACAUAUCCGAUUGCACCAAAAGCAGCGUCAGUGAUGUCAAGUGGAAUUAACUUCUGAGUAGACCGAGUGUGAAUUGCUUGAAAAUAGGUCUACUGUAGAAUCUCGGCAGCAUUUCACGACUUAAAUACAAUCAAUUGGUUAUUUAAGCUCUAU